CAAAAGAGAAAAGAAUUCCAAAUACAGAACUUUAACAGGAGAGUGUAAUAGCCUGAGGAAUCCAUCUUGGGGAAUGGCACUCACUGCGCAUGCCCGAUACCUUCCACCUCGAUACGAAGAUGAUGUUGGAGAACCUGUGAAAAGAUCUCUUGAUGGAAAAAGACUUCCAAGUCCACGAAAAAUAAGCAAUAAGAUUUUCGUUGCCCGGAACGACGAGACUCCUUCAGACAGAUUUGCGUCUUUAAUGUUUUUUGCUUUUGGGCAAUUUUUGGACCAUGAUUUAACCUUCACUCAAGGUUCUCUGGGUAAAAAUAACAAGCCGUUGGAUUGUUGUGGAGUGGACAAAUUUAAUGAAGAAUGUUUUCCUAUAAAAAUCCCGAUCCGGGAUUCUUAUUUCAGCAACCAGCGAUGCAUGGACUUUGCUAGAUCCGCUCCUGCACCACCCGAUGAUGGUUGUCAUAUGGAGACUCGAGAGCAGUUAAAUCUAUUGUCAUCCUUCAUCGAUGCGGGUCAGGUUUACGGAAAUUCAGCAAAAAUACACAAAAAACUAGUCAGCAAAAAGGAUAAAAGCAAAUUAAGAACAUUCAGUAAAGAUCUUCUUCCUGCUGGUGGUGAUUGCGUGUUAAAAUCCUCUCGCGAUUUUUGCCAACUCGGUGGUGACGAACGUGUCAAUGAGGUACCUUCUCUUGGUGGAUUACAUAUCUUGUUUGUGCGUGUACACAAUCAUAUUGCCAAGAUACUCAGAUUAAAGACAAGAUGGUCAAGUGAAAAAAUUUUCCAAGAAACUCGGAAGAUAAUCGGAGCCAUAAUGCAACAUAUCACAUACAACGAGUUCUUGCCAAAACUUUUGGGAGGGAGAGCUUUGAAGAAGUAUGGUCUAAAGUCCAAGAGGAAGAGAUUCUUUAGAGGAUAUAAUGCAAGGGUGAAUCCUCAGAUGAGAAACGUAGUGGUUACUGCUGCUCUUCGGUUUGGACAUUCCAUGAUUCCAGGCAAAUUGGGGCUUAUGCUACACAACUUUGUAACUGGUCGAGAAAUCGCAUUGGAAGAUACACUUCUGGAUCCAAAUAUGCUUGUGUCAAACCUUGGAAAAAAUAUACCGGACCUUAUCAGAUAUUUGGUCAUGUCCCCUGCAAGUCAAAUUGAUACAGAGGUUGAAGAUUCCGUCAGGAACAAGCUUUUCAUAGAUGACGCAGGACUAUCAUUCGAUUUGAUGUCUCUAAACAUUCAACGAAGUCGAGACCAUGGCCUACGGUCAUAUAAUGAAUGGCGUCGAUUCUGUGGUUUGCAGCCUGCUCGUUCGUUUUCAGAUUUAAAAGACCAUUCUCCUGAGAUGAUAGCAAAAUUUCGAUCCGUAUACAACUCUGUCCACGACCUAGAAGUAUUUGUCGGCGGCAUAACAGAAAGGCCAAGACAUGGCUCCAUGCUUGGUCCCCUCUUUACGUGUCUUCUAGGGCAGCAGUUCAGAGAUUUGAAGUAUGGAGAUAGAUACUGGUAUGAGAGACGUGAACCAGAGGGAUUCUCGGCUCACCAGUUGGACGCCAUAAGAAAAGUCAAGAUGUCCUGGUUAAUAUGCAAAUUGAUGAAGUUGGAUCAGAUUCAAAAACAUGUUUUUAUAUUGCCAUCACCACAGAACCCAAUCGUGGACUGUAGUUCCAUUCCUCAGCUAGAUCUUUCUCCAUGGAUUCAUUACUAGAUGUGAUUAAACCCCCUGUGUAGACAUCUCUUAUAAAAUUCAAGAAAUUGU